CGCCGAGCACGUGCGCUUUGUUUUGCAACGUGAUGACGCCACGCGACGCGUAGAUUAGAGGAAGUAAUUUGAAUUUGCGCCAAGUAAACACAACACGGAUACAUGCUGUUCAUGUACACCGAGCUUUUAAAGAAUGGGUGUGAAGGGUCUUCAGUACUUCAUGGACCGCUGCUGUCCAGAAGCCUGUGUGACUGUGAACCUGAGAGAAAUGGCUAAACAACAAGCUGCCAAAAGCUGCACAACCACAGCUAACACCACCAGCCCCACACUCGUUGUGGAUGGUAUGGCCUGCCUGCGCCACUGGUACUCAUGUAAAGACUGGGUGUGUGGGGGGCAGUGGAGGGAGUACAUGGAUGUGCUAAAGGGCUGGGUGGAGGCCUUCACCUCAGCAGGCAUCAGACUUGUCUUCUUCUUUGACGGGGUGGUGGAGGAGCAGAAGAGACCGGAGUGGGUGAGGAAUGAAACUCCUGAAUUUGAAGCAGUGAGACGAGUGGGAAGAGUCAAAGGACUAAUCAUCACCAUGAAAGGAUCCCCAGACUGCCAGCCAGGAUACGACUUCUACUCCAGAUACUUUGCUCCAUGGAACGGCAUCCCGGAGGAUCCUGUCACUGGUUCUGCACACACUGUGCUUGGUAGCUUGUCUAAGAAACGAGGAAAGAAGAAAAUGCUGGCUUUCCAGUGCUCCAGUCGAGGCGGGGAGAUGGAAUUAGAAGUGAGAGACGACGGAAGAAUCAACAUAGCUGGACAGACCGUCACUGUGCUGCAGGGGGCAAUCACACUAUAGCCACAGACACAACCAAGUUAAGAGGG